AUGCUACCAGAAAAAUACGCUAUUGUUGCUUUUUUUUUACAACUAACUGCAACAUUACAAGCAAUCUCAAAUUAUUUACCACCACAAUUGAAACUAGUGCGUGAUAUGUUAGAAACAUAUGAUAAGAAGUCGAGACCUGUGUGGGAUCAUAGCAGAUCCAUUAAUGUGACAUUUAGCAUGGAUCUCUAUCAAAUACUACAAGUGGAUGAGCCACAGCAAUAUGUUUUACUCAAUGCUUGGAUAAUUGAGCGAUGGUACGAUGAAUUUUUGUACUGGCGUCCAGAGGAUUAUGAUAAUAUUACAGAAAUUCAUUUACCGCAUAGUUCGAUUUGGUUACCCGACACAACACUAUAUAAUUCGCUAAUAAUGAAAGAUGAUGAUACGAGGCGGUUGUUGAAUGUGAAACUUACCGCCGAUGAAAAUAUUCGCGCUGCAUAUAUCGAACUUCUCUAUCCAACCAUUUACAAAUUCUCAUGUCUAUUAAACCUUCGUUUCUUUCCAUUCGAUAUUCAGGGAAGUAUUUUAUAG